AUGUGCCAUUUAAACUCGCUACCAAUGCACUCAGUUACUUGCGUAAACAAGACCCUGCGAGCUCGUUUGAUAUCCUCAAGCCCAUGGACGGAAUUUUCUACCCUGGUGAAGUCAGUUGUCUUGGGACGUCCUGGUAGUGGAUGUUCCACCUUGUUGAAAACAAUUGCUACCAACACCUACGGUUUCCACAUCGACGAGAAAUCCAAGAUCAGCUACGACGGUAUUUCAGCCACUGAAAUCCAAAAGCAUUUCCGUGGAAGUGUCGCCUACUCGGCUGAAACUGAUGUCCAUUUCCCUCACCUCCAUGUUGGUGAUACCCUAGAGUUUGCAGCUCGUCUUCGUACACCCCACAACCGUGGAGACGUUGAUCGUGAAACAUAUGCCAAACAUAUGGCCUCAGUAUACAUGGCCAUGUACGGCUUGUCACAUACUCGUCACACCAAUGUAGGAAACGAUUUUGUUCGUGGUGUUUCUGGUGGUGAACGUAAACGUGUUUCCAUUGCCGAAGUUUCGCUCUGUGGUGCUAACUUGCAAUGUUGGGAUAAUGCUACUCGUGGUUUAGAUGCCGCUACCGCUCUUGAAUUUAUUCGUGCUCUCAAAACUUCGGCUGCUGUUUUGGAAGCAACUCCUUUAAUUGCCAUUUACCAAUGUUCUCAGGACGCUUACGACUUGUUUGACAAGACUGUGGUCUUGUACGAAGGGUACCAGAUCUAUAAUGGACCAGCUGGUGAAGCCAAACAGUUUUUCGAGGACAUGGGAUACGAGUGCCCACAACGUCAAACUACCGCUGACUACUUGACAUCUUUAACCAAUCCAGCAGAAAGAAUCAUUCGUCCUGGUUAUGAAAAUAAGGUUCCUCGUACUGCCGAGGAAUUCGAACGGUAUUGGAGAAACUCACCUCAGCGUGCAAAACUUGUGAAUGAAAUCGAUGCCUAUCUCGAAAGAGUGGUUGCUCAAAAUGCCAAGCAGACAUACCACGACUCUCACGUUGCUAGACAAGCAAAGCACACAAGAAAUGGUUCUCCUUACACUGUGUCGUUCUUCAUGCAAACCAAAUACAUCAUGCACCGCAAUAUUUUAAGAUUUAAAGGUGAUCCUUCGAUUCCAAUUUUCUCCGUUGCUGGUCAGGUUAUUAUGGGUCUUAUCUUGUCAUCAGUUUUCUACAAUAUGAAGGCAGACACCGGCUCGUUUUAUUAUAGAGGUGCCUCCAUGUUUUUCGCCGUUCUUUUCAAUGCUUUUUCGUCCUUGUUGGAAAUUAUGUCUCUUUUCGAGGCCAGACCUAUUGUUGAAAAGCAUAGAAAAUAUGCGUUAUACCGUCCUUCCGCCGAUGCUCUAGCGAGUAUCAUUACUGAGUUACCUGUCAAGUUUGCUAUGUCCCUUAGUUUCAACCUUGUGUUCUACUUUAUGGUUAAUUUCCGCAGAGAACCAGGUCGUUUCUUCUUCUACUGGCUUAUGUGUAUCACAUGUACUUUUGUCAUGUCACAUUUGUUCCGUAGUUUGGGAGCAGUUUCAACUUCUUUGGCUGGAGCAAUGACACCUGCAAAUGUCUUGUUACUUGCUAUGGUGAUUUAUACUGGUUUCGUCAUUCCUACACCCAAGAUGUUGGGUUGGGCUAGAUGGAUAGGUUAUAUCAAUCCAGUUGGGUAUGUUUUUGAAUCUUUAAUGGCUAAUGAGUUCCACGGAAGAGAGUUUUUGUGUUCGACAUAUCUUCCCACGGGCCCAGGAUACGAUGAUCUUACCGGAGAUCUGCGUGUUUGUAACACAGUUGGUUCAACUCCUGGUUCUAACAUGGUUUCUGGAACAAGAUACAUCAAGGAAUCAUACAACUACACCAUUGGUACCAAAUGGAGAAACUUUGGUAUUGCUGUGGCUUUCGCUGUCUUCUUCCUUGGAAUCUACAUUUUCUUGACGGAAAUCAACCGUGGUGCAAUGCAAAAGGGUGAAAUUACCUUGUUCCUUCGUUCAGCACUUAGAAAGCGUAGAAAGCAACAGAAAAUGGGCAAGAAUGAUUUGGAAGGUGGAAAACAAGCCACUUAUCUGCUUCAAGACGAAUUGAAAGAGAGCAGCUCGCUGACCGAUCGUACAGGCACCAAUGACUCACAACAAGACGAGAAGAAUGAAGUACUGGAGACCCCUGUUAACGAGAACAUUUUCCACUGGCGUAACUUAACUUAUGAGGUCAAGAUCAAAUCUGAGCAUCGGGUCAUUUUGAACCAAGUCGAUGGCUGGGUCAAGCCUGGACAAUUGACUGCCUUGAUGGGAGCUUCAGGAGCUGGUAAAACCACCUUGUUGAACUGUCUUUCUGAGAGACUUACAACUGGUGUGGUGACAGACGGUACAAGAAUGGUGAAUGGCCAUUCUCUUGACUCUUCGUUCCAAAGAUCUAUUGGUUACGUCCAACAACAAGAUUUGCACUUGCCAACUUCUACCGUCAGAGAAGCGUUCCGAUUCUCGGCGUACUUGAGACAGCCUUCUCACGUAUCGAAAGCAGAGAAGGACGAAUAUGUUGAGUAUGUUAUUAACUUGUUGGAGAUGUAUGACUAUGCUGAUGCUGUGGUUGGUGUUGCCGGAGAGGGACUCAAUGUUGAGCAACGUAAGAGAUUGACGAUUGGAGUCGAGUUGGUAGCCAAGCCAAAGUUGUUGUUAUUCUUGGAUGAACCAACAUCUGGAUUGGACUCACAAACUGCAUGGUCCGUGUGUAAGUUGAUUAGAAAGUUGGCCGACCACGGCCAGGCUAUCUUGUGUACCAUUCAUCAGCCAUCGGCCAUUUUGUUGAAAGAGUUUGACCGGUUGCUUUUCUUACAAAAAGGAGGAAAGACAGUUUACUUUGGAGAAAUGGGGGAUAAAUGUGCCACUUUGAUCAACUACUUUGAAAAGUACGGAGCUCAGCCAUGUCCCAAAAAUGCAAAUCCCGCUGAAUGGAUUUUGGAGGUUGUGGGAGCGGCUCCUGGAUCUCAUGCUAACCAAGACUACUUUGAAGUAUGGAGAAACUCUACGGAGUAUCAAGACGUUCAAAGAGAACUCGACCGCAUGGAACAAGAAUUGUCAUUAUUACCAAGAGAUGUCAGUCCUGAAUCGCACAAGAAAUACGCUGCCCCACUCUGGAAGCAGUACCUUAUUGUUUCUCGCAGAGUUCUUCAACAAAACUGGAGAACGCCAGGUUACAUCUACUCUAAAUUGUUCUUGGUGGUUUCGUCGGCGUUGUUCAUUGGAUUUUCGUUUUUCAAGGCUAACAACUCGAUGAGAGGAUUGCAAAACCAAAUGUUUGGAACCUUCAUGUAUUUUAUUGUUUUCAACACCUUGGUGCAACAGAUGUUACCAUACUUUGUAAGACAAAGAGACAUCUACGAGGUCAGAGAAGCACCUUCGAGAACUUAUAGUUGGUUCACGUUUAUCACUGCUCAGGUGACAGGAGAGAUUCCGUUCCAGAUAGCCGUUGGUACUGCUGCUUUCUUUUCGUGGUACUACCCUAUCGGCUUGUACCGUAAUGCCGAGCCAAGCGAUACUGUCGAUUCCAGAGGUGUUCUUAUGUGGUUAUUGAUUAUCUCGUUCAUGGUGUACACUUCCACCAUGGGACAACUUUGUAUUUCUUUCAACGAGAUUGCAGACAACGCUGCUAAUCUUGCCGUUAUGUUGUUCACCAUGUGUUUGAAUUUCUGUGGUGUUCUUGCUGGACCCGAUGUGUUGCCAGGAUUCUGGAUUUUCAUGUAUCGUUGCAAUCCUUUCACAUACUUGAUUCAAGGUAUUUUGGCUACGGGAUUGGCCAAGGCUCCCGUCACUUGUUCUCCCGAGGAGUAUGUUUCAUUGGUACCUCCGCUGGGACAAACUUGUCAGGAAUUUUUGGCGCUGUAUAUUUCGGUUGCGGGAGGCUACAUUUCGGACCCCAGUUCGACCACCAACUGUAAUUACUGUCAGAUGAAGAGCACUGAUGCUUUCUUGAAGACGAUCAAUGCUAGCUACGGAGACCGGUGGAGAAACUUUGGAAUCUUCAAUGCCUUUACGGUGUUCAAUAUCAUCAUGACAGUGUUCUUCUACUGGCUCCUGAGAGUGCCUAAGGGAACAAGAGAGAAGAAGGGCAGCCACAAGGGUUGA